AGGAGGUUUUGGAGAAAAGGAGUUUUGCGCGUUUCCGAGCUGUCAGCCAUUUGAAGGGAUCGUGUCUUUCUGUCAUCUAUCUGUUUGCAAUUUGAGUUGAGCUCACAAUCACAUCACACUCUCAUUCCAUUACCUGCUGCUGCUGCUUCUUCUUCUCUUCAUUUGCCAAAAUUAAAGAGGUUUUCAAUUUAACUUGUGGUUACAAAAGAAGAUCUACUCUGUGUUGCUCAGACGAACUGAGCAACGAUGGCUAUGCCUUUCAAUCAUCCACUCUGUCUCUCUUGUGCUAUUCUUCUCUUCAUGUCUCUCUCCGUUUCUGCCGCUUCUCUUUCUGACACAAUUUUCGAUUCUCAGGCGCAUACGGCUCGCCAUCUUCUUCAGGCUAAGAGAGGUUGUUCUGUGAAUUUCGAGUUCGCGAAUUACACAAUAAUCACAAGCAAAUGCAAAGGACCCAAUUAUCCACCGAAAGAAUGUUGUGGGGCAUUCAAAGAAUUUGCAUGCCCUUACGCCGAUGUGUUGAAUGAUUUACAGAAUGAUUGCGCUUCAACCAUGUUCAGUUAUAUUAAUCUCUAUGGACAAUACCCUCCUGGCCUCUUUGCUAGCGAGUGCCGUGAAGGGAAGGAAGGUCUUGCCUGUCCUGCAUUGCCGCCAUCGGCAUCUUCUGAUGAUACAGCAAAUCAAGUUAUACAUAAGCCAUCUCUACUGCUGAUGAUCACAACCUGCUUCUUAAUUUUGUUACUCUGAUGUUUCAGUGGCUAAUUUUCAUUCAUUUUUUUUAUACCAACAUGAUUGUGCUAGAGCUCAAAACAUUAGCGUGCAAUCGGAUUAGUCUCCCCCUUUUCGAUUUUACAGUUCCAUGUAGUAAGCUCUGCUGUAUGCGAGUGUUGGUAACUAAUUGCAAGCUUGCUUGGAACUUGUAUAUUGUCUGAAAAGGAAUGUGCCUACUCAUAUAUUUUUAUUGGGAAUGGAUCUUCUCAAUUGUUAAAAGAAAUUGAGAGUGUAAA